AUGUCCGCAACGCAAGAGGGCGGUGAAGCUGAUGGAUCGGAUGCGGCGUUCGAUCGGAUUAUGGAAUCCAUCGGCAACGAUGGACCGUUUCAGAAGCGCUACAAUAUCAUCUUCAAUGUCGCAGCCGUACUAUUCUUUGCGAUGACGGUCGUGAACGUGCUUCUCAUACUGGCAGUACCGGAUCAUCGGUGCGGCAUACCGCCGGACGCUAUAGAGACAGCUCGGAAUCAAACAUCAACAGAGCACUGGGAAGACUUAUUUUAUCCCAAAGAGUACAACAGCAGAGGAGAGUAUGUGGCAAGCUCCUGUCUUAUGUACAACGUUUCCUUUCAAAAUCUGGACCUUCUUCCAUCGAAUACCACGACGCCCUGCAUUUACGGUUACGAAUACGAUCGCACGUACUACGACCGAACACCGGUGACUGAAGAGAACUGGGUAUGCGAGAAGGAGCUCUACGGAACCAAUGCGUUUGCCAUCGUACGCGUGUCCGAGGUCUGUGGUACUUUCAUCUUGGGUCAGCUGGGAGAUCGCAUUGGGCGACUUCCGGUGUACUUGUUCAGCAUCCUCACAGCCGUCGUGGGGCGGGUGUUUGCCAUCUUCACCGCUCACCAAUACUGGUUGUUUGCGGCACUCGCCUUCGUAGGGAGCUUUUCGACCAACACCUCGUUCCAGUCACCGUUGAUCAUCGUGAUGGAAAUCUCGAAAGAUGCCAACCGGGCAGCCCUUUCCCUUUGGCAGUUGGUUGGAUGGACCGCCGGCGUUUGCCUGGCACCGCUCGCUCUUUGGUGGAUGCGUGAUUGGUUUUGGUUCAUGAUCGUGACCUCACUGCCAUGUCUGCUGUUCUACUGCUUCCCGCAGUAUAACAUAGAAUCACCGCGAUGGCUUGCCAGUCAGGGACGCUACGGUGACUGUUUGAAGCAACUGCGCAAGAUCGCCUCCAUCAAUGGCCGACCGCUGACGAUCGACGAAGAACAACUACGAGCCCUCGUACCAAGGCCGGAGAUCGAACGGACUUAUGGUAUAGCAUCGUUGUUCAGUGGAUGGCAUAUGACCAAGCUGACGUGCCUAUUGCAGGUUAGCUGGAUCUGCAAUACGAUACCCACGUUCACCCUGUUCCUAAUGAGCCUCCAGAUGGGCGGCAACCCAUUCCUUAACAACUUCUGGCAGGGUGCGGUCGAACUGCCCGCGUACCUACUCGGUCAAAUCUGCUGCGACUGGCUCGGUCGGCGGUUCACCAACAGUGGCGCUUUCCUCGGAGCCACCCUGGUCUGCCUGCCCGUCAUUCUGCUCAUCCAGCGGCCCGGCAACGAGCUGUACGUGACCAUGCUGGCCAUCGUGGUGAAGUUCUUCGUCUGCGUUACCUACUUUGCGCUCUACCUGCAGUCGGUCGAAAUGUACCCGACGUCCCUGCGGCAGACCGGCGCCUCCUUCGGGAUCAUCAUGGCCAACGUGUUCGGCGCACUGGGACCGUACAUCGUGUUUCUUGGCACCAACUAUGACAUCCGGCUGCCGUUCGUUGCGAUGGCGCUGAUUGCGCUGGUCGGGGCGGUCAGUGCGAUCUUCCUGCCCGAAACGCUGCACCAAAAGCUGCCGGAAACGAUGGAGGAGGGACGCCAGUUCGGACGUGACCAACGGUUCUGGGCGGUCCCGAAACGUCCCUCCCCGCCGGUGGAAUCCCGUGCCGAGGAGUAUCGCACACCGGCCGACCAGCACGAGCUAACGAAACUCAAUAAGACCAGCUCGUGA